AUGGGGAGUAUGCACAGAGUGUACCAGGCUGUCUGGCCUCGUGCUUUUUGCUUGCAAAAGGCAAAAAAAGAGUGUUUCGAAAUUGGAGAGCGCACAUGCAGUUCAUUGAACACACAAUGUAGAGGAGAAGGGGAACGCAUCGAUUUCUCCUCAGUAGUGUCCCCAAGUAUUUCUAUUCAUUCUUCAAUUGGACUAGAAGCCGCCAGAGAAUCUGAAGACAGAAAACUCAUUUCGGAUCAUAACGCUCAAGUUGGUGACCUUCAACGACAGAUUGAGGCAAGAGAUGCCAAAAUGAGAAAGGCGAACGAGAAAAAUGAGGCUAGAGCAGAGGAAACCAAGGAAAUGGAGGAAAAACAUCAAACGGAGACGGAAAAAUUGAAGUCGAAUCAUAAAGAUCAAGUUGCUGAGCUUCAAAAGCAGAUUAAGGAUAGAGAUGCCAAGAUUAGAGAGGCAAACGACAAAAUGAGAGAGAACGAGCGGAACAAAAUCGAAAGAACCUUUUGGCUCAAAAACUCUAAAAGAAGACUACGAGAAGAGGAUUCAGAAAAGGAGCAAAAAAGUCAACGAUGA